AUGAAAAUUUGGUUCACCAAGAAGAGUCCCGAUGCUAGACUGGCAUACACCAAGCCAAGAACUAGCGCAGAUGUCGUUACUCCUGUGUCUACUCCCAGGCGAUCGAGCUUCAGAUUUUCGUUCUCGUCUCCUUCCUCAAGUUUGAGUAACCCAUCACCCGAGAGCAAGAGCUCCAGGGUUCUCCAAGAUUUUUUCAAAGAUGUGAAUUUCAGUCCUGGCCCGAAAGUCAAGCCAUACGCCUUCUCGCAAACAACACAGCCAGUUCGUUUUAAGUUGCCGGAGUCCGGCGAAAGAAAAUGCUUUGUAUGUGAUGAAGAUAUAAGCGUAUCCUUCUCCAAUGAAAAAAGCGUCCUGUUGAAAUGUGGCGACAGUGUCCAUGGAGAAUGCUUUGCCGUAUUGAUUCGGUCUGGCGAUUAUUCUAAAGUACCACUCUGUUGCGGGACGAACUGCCAGAAAGCCCUAGAAGAUGGAAAAUCUGCAAAGCAAAUGAUUCCGGUCGAUGAAGAAGUAAUGCGCUCAGCUAUGGUAGCUACUGCUAAAAUUGACUCAAGUCGCAAGUAUCAAACACAAAAAAGAUCGAGUACUCAGUCUUCCUCUGAUCCACUCAGGAGUUCUAGAAGCAGCAUGAACAAGCGGCCAAUGUCACUGACGGGCUCAGGACUUGGCGAUGUUUAUUCAAGAAUUGUGAGAGAAUCAUCGCCUGCCCCAACGGAAUCUUCUCAUAGAACAAUAACUGUCAGAGUCGAGAACAACAAAGAAAUCCCAUCUGAAACGCUCAGCAACAGGUUCAUUAAAUAUCUAGUGGAGCAUAACAGGAACUUUUCCUUAUCCAGUAUUCUCAACUGUGGUAAAUUACGCUUAGUAGAUACUCUAUUCGGCACUUCCGUCGAGAAAGAAGGAGAACUGCCCUCAAACUUCACUGUGGCUUAUCUUUUCCAGCACAGUCUCUUGAUAUGGUACAAGACUAUGAAUUUAACAAUAAUCUUGAGCUUAGCAGAGGCAAAGUUUAAAAUACUACUGAAAGAUUCCAUUUUGAAAGUUGAAUCCAGGGAUCAAAAUGGCAUCUUUCAUGAGCUUUGGUUAGCCUCUGAAAAUCCUUCAAUUUUAGAAAAAUGGGUAAUUGCUUUGUCAGAUUACACAUUUGAAUUUCCUUCUGAAUUGAUGACAUCUACGCUUGAUAAGUUGGAUGAAAUAACGUCGGAUUUAUUGUCUCCAAUUGCAACACAUUUUCAAAUUUCACAGAAGCUAGAAAGUAUUAGUGGGAGGGAUGUGAUUCAUGAGGAAUAUGAAGACGAAGAAGAAAUGAGGUACACCCCGGCACAGCCUCUAAGCUUACUACCAAUGGAUGAAUAUACGUUAAAAACUGCAACUAUUUCGAGAAGCUCAAUCUAUUCAGACGUUGAUCCACUUUCUCUUACAAAAAGAAUGAGUGCUACAAUGCAAAAUUUCAAUAGUUCAAAGAAAUCAAAUUUGAAAGUGAACCAACCAAGGUUGGCUCAAUCAUUGUGUGAAGAAUCACAUCCUGACUCAGACGCAGACUCAGAUUCAGACUCAAACUACGAUUCUGACGAGGAUAAAAUACAGAGCUACUUAAAUUUACACAACAAAGGUAAAUCUAUUAUAUGCGAAAGCCAAGCCAGUUUCCCGUCUCCUUCUAUUUCAGUUAUUGAUACUUUCGAAGAAGAAUUAAGGAUAAUUACUCAGGUGCCACAGCCUAUCGAACCAAAGAUGGUCAAAUCAGAAUUAAUCUCCGAUUCAAUUUCUAAUGUGAGUUCUAAUACAAAUUCCGACUCAGAAAUUGAGUCGGAAAUUGAUUCAGAUGAAGAAAUAAUAUCAAAAUAUAAGAGACUAAGUCAAAAAAUGCCAUCAGGAUGGUCAGACUUACUAGUUCGAUUAGAUUCUGCUAUAGUUAACUCUAUAUAA